UUAAUGCUGUACGUUUGAGCAGCUUUGCAGUGGCACUUGAAUCGAUUGGACAAUAUGGUCCUGGAAUAAAGCCACUUAACUAUCAUGAAGUGAGAGUUCCUUACCUAAAGGAGGAAGUUAGUCGAAUGAAAGAGUUGUUGAAGGUCCAUAAGGAGGAAUGGACAAAAUAUGGCUGCUCAAUUAUGUCUGAUGGUUGGAGAGAUUCAGUUGCUAAUAAGGACAUAAUCAACUUUUUAGUGAACUCUCCAAGGGGAUCAGUAUUCAUCAAGUUUAUUGAUGCUUCUAAUAUUGUUAAGAAUGCAGAUAGAAUGUAUAGAUUACUUGAUGAGAUGGUGGAGGAAAUUGGAGAAUCAAAUGUGAUUCAAGUGGCAAUUGACAAUGCGUCAAACUAUGUUGCAGUAGGGAGAUUGUUGGAGGCAAAGAGGCCACAUUUAUGCUGGACACCGUGUGCUGCUCAUUGCAUUGAUUUAAUUUUGGAGGAUAUUGGGAAGAUGCCUUCAAUUCAUGCAACUUUGAAAAGGGCAAUAUUUUUGAGUGGCUAUAUCUAUAAUCGUGUUGGUGUUGUCAACUUGAUGAGACAGUUCACUGGAGGAAAGGAGUUACUUAGACCUUCAGUUACAAGAUUUGCAACUGCCUUCAUCACUUUUCGUUCAAUCCAUCUUCAAAAGAACAACUUGAGGAAGAUGUUUACUUCUGAAGAUUGGAAUACAACUAAAUGAGCAAAGGAGGCGGCUGGCAAAAGAGCAGCUACUAUUGUUUUGAUGCCUACUUUUUGGAGUACCAUCGUUUAUGCUCUUAAGUUAACAGGUCCACUUGUUCGUGUACUCCGUUUGGUUGAUGGGGAAAAGAAGCCUGCAAUGGGAUACAUUUAUGAAGCAAUGGAUAGGGCUAAGGAAGCCAUAGCUAAGGCUUUUGGUGAGAGAGAGGAUAAAUUUAAGGAGGCAUUUGAAAUUAUUGAUACGAGGUGGGGAUGCCAACUCCAUCAACCGUUGCAUGCAGCUGCACACUACUUGAAUCCAGAAUUUUUCUAUUCAAACCCCAACAUUUUGCAAGAUGAAGAAAUUAUGACGGGUUUGUACAAAUGUAUUGCAAGGUUACUGCCAACUAUUGAAAUGCAAGAUAAAGUUUCACUGAGUUGGAAAAAUACAAUGCCGCUAGUGGCGUCUUUGGAAUUAGUUUGGCAGUGAGACAAAAGCACCAGCGCAAUGGUGGAUGGAAUAUGGAUCAACAACUCCAAACUCGCAAAAGUUUGCUGAGAAAAUUCUUAGCCUUACGUGUAGUGCUACCAGCUGCGAAAGAAAUUGGAGCAUAUUCCAACAUCUUCAUAGCAAAAGGAGAAAUAGGUUAUCCCAGCAACGCUUGAAUGAUUUGGUAUUUGUGAAAUAUAAUCGAACUCUGAGGCGUCGAUGUGACAAACGUGACACCAUUGAUCCCAUCCUCCUAAAGGACAUUGAUGGUAGUAAUGAGUGGUUGAUUGGUAGGAUGGAUGGUGAUUCUGAUGAGGAUGAUGAACUUGUGUUUGAAGAUGAUAAUUUGACUUGGGAUUUUGUUGCUAGAGCUGCUGGACUAAAUAACCCCCCGCAUCACACUAGAUCAAGAAUAAGUACAAAUAUGCCAUCAUCGUCUAGAGGAAGAGGAAGGGCUUCAUCUAGUAGUGCAACUAGUGCUAGGGGUCGGACCACAAUGUUGGAACUUGUAGAUGAGGAUGAAAUCCAAGUUGAUAGUGUAGAGGAGACGGAAGAGGAAAAAGAUGUUGGAGAAAACAGUUCUGAUGAUGAAGAGGAAGAUGAUGAUAUCUUUGCCGACUUAGUUGAUGAUGAGUGAUCAUUGAGGAGGAUUUUUAGAUUUUAGAUUUUGAAAUUUUUUAUUGUACUCUUUUCUUUUGAUGUUGAACUAUGUUGAAUUGUUGAUGCUUUUGGGCUUUGUCUUGGCAAUUUUAUUAAAUUUCUAAUUUUUUUAUUGAAUGUUUUGGCAUUUUAAAUUCUAAUAUCACUAGAUAUUCAUAUGUUCAUAUAUAAAUUAUCCCAAA